AUGGAGCACCGUCUAUCAACUACCAGCACUGAACAUGACUUCGAGGACGUCUCUUCUUUCUCCUCGAUAGACUCAUAUCAACCAGAACCAUUCACUGGUGUAAAGGAACCCACAGCUUAUAAAGGGACGGACCGCAAGGAUACCUUAAGUGGAGAUGAGACCGAGUUGAAACAAGAGCAUACUAAUGCUACAGCAACAUCUUCCCACACUAAGGACGGGAUCACUUCUCGAACAAGUAUGAGUACACUAAGAAGACCUGAUUCCAAUGCCAUUGAAAGAGUGAUUACUUCUAAUGCUAAGGAGGGGAAUACAGAAACUUUGGGUUCCCUUGCGGCUAAGGGCUUGGAUUUAAAUAAGAAGGCAACGUUAGAUAUUAAUGCUCCAUUAACAUCGAAUCCGGCUGAUGUUGCGUUCCCUGAGGAGUACAACCUUGAGACGGAGACUGGGUUAGUAAAGGCCAAGACUAUAGAGACGUUACGAAGGGAAACUUCUAGGGUUUCUUCUACAAGACGCGGCGAUGAUGUAGUAUCUCACAAGUCGCAAGCCACCGGGAAGAGUCAAAGAAGUGCACAAUCACUCCAGGCUGAGAAGUUAAACUUGGCCGUGGAGAAGAACAAGAAGGAGUUAGAGAAGAUCGAGAAACAUAAACAUCAAAAGGGUUUAAAAGGCUUUAUGAACAGAUUAUUUGAUUAA